AUGAAGAAAUUUCGUGAUAAAGCUUCAGCAAAUUCACAAAUCCAACUGCCACCGUAUCGUGAUCUGCAAAACGCUUUUCAUGCGUAUCAGACUUCAUGGGAGACUGAACGGUUGGAGAGCGAAAAAAACCGACAAAUUUAUAGCGAAUUGAUUGAUGAUUUAGAUCAAGAAAAGGGAAUCGUGAAGCUUUGUGAUAUAUUUGAUGGAAAUAUAACGAAACCUGUCAUUGAUAAAUCGACAGUGAAUAACAUAAAUGACGAGAAAGAAGAAGAGACAACUGAAGCAUUGACUGCAAAAAAUGACAUCAAAACAAAUUGGUGGACUAAAGUUUCUGUGAAAAGUAAUCGACCAAUGAUCUUAAGAGAAAUCGCAAUUCAUAAAAUGGCACAAGACUAUCGAGGAGGUCAAGUUGAUGGUCGAAUCUGGGGUGAAGAUGCGACCAACUUUGGUUUGCAUGCUUCUAUUGAUUUACCGAUUCUUGACUUAUUAGAAGUCGAUAAUGAAUUUUUUUGGAAGCGACUGGUACGAGAGAAAAUUCGAGACGUUCUCAAACAUCAAAAACUUUUGAGAGAUUCACAAACAAAUUGGAAGAGAAUUGCAAUAGAAUUAUUGCUAGCAGAACUUGUUGAGAAUCUUGAAGAACAUGAAGUCGAUGGGCCAAUGAAACAAAAAGAAUUAAAGGAGUUGGUCGAAAAAUUAAAUUCAUUUGUGGAAAAUCUUUCAAUUCUAAGUUUAAAGCCACGAAAGUUUUUCAAUGAAAAUGAAAAUUUUCAAAUCGUUAAUUUUACAUCAAAUGAUUGUCGACAUGCUUCACUUGAGUUUCUUGGUGGUUUAAGUAACUUGAAGAGUUUCAGUGUAAGUUUCAUGACGAAAAAGCUCGAAUUUGACGUUAAAUAUCGAAGAAAACUCUUUCAAGUCGCAGUCAGUGACAUCGAAAAACUGGGAAAAUGUUUGAAAAAUUUGAAAAUGUUGGAAAAUUUAACAAUUCGAUAUUGUGACUUGAGUGAAUCUGAGAAAAUGAAUUAUCUCCUCACAUCUUUGAUGUCUCUGAAUAAUUUGAAGCAUGUUGACUUAUCUUACAGUCAAAUAACGUCGAAAUUUUCAGGGGAAUGUUUUGAGAAAUUUCUUUCAACAGCUCGAUCAUUAAAUUCUUUAGAAUUGAAAGGAAAUAAGUUUGAUGUCGAGUUUGGUUUCCAUUUUGCAAAGGGAAUUGAAAGUUUCCAAGGGAUGUUUGAUUAUCUUGGAUUAUCACUCACUUCUUCAUUUGGAAGCGGUCUUGAUCUGAUCUUAAAAAGUGUCAAUUUAAAACAAAACGUCUCGAACUUAGACAUCUCUGGCUGUGACAAUGACAAUUAUGAUGAAGCUGAGAAAACUUUUCGACAAAUAAUCAACUUAAUUGGUUUUGAAGGGAAGAUUGUUUCACUAAAUAUUAACAACAACAUGAUAAAAAAUUCAACGACGAAAGAAUAUUUGAUAAAGUCUUUCGAUAAAAAUUAUUUGAUACAAUUGAAUUGCAAUAAUUGCGGAUUCAGUUCCGAAGACAUGAUCAAGAUCAAAACUUUAAAUAUUCGUAACAUAUUUUACAAGGAAAAUCCGAUUUUGAAGAAGGAAAAUUUCUCUGUUGAAGAUGAGAUGGAAAUUGAAAAAUAUUUCAACGAAACGAAGCAUCCGUUGAUCUUAAAAGCUAAGAAGAAUAUCCAAGUACAUCAUGAUAACAAAAAGGAUAUUAAAGCCACUGGAGAAUACUUCAACUUACAUCAUUCACUUCCUGAAACUCCGUCAGAAAUCAACUUAAAGUCACAAAAUAUCAAAAUAAAUUCUUAG